GCCUGGUACUAUAUAAACACUGGAGCAAAGCUUGCCCCCGACAUUGACUUUACUGGAUCUGUCCACUUCAGAAUAAGAAGGUCAUUGGAGCCAGCAAAAAUGACUACGCAACCAAUGGUCGAACAAAUGGGACAGUGGAAAAUCACUGUGUGGGAGGAGGAAAAUUUCCAAGGAAAACGUUGCGAGUUUAUGAUGGAAUGUCAGAACAUCAUGGAGAGAGGAUUUCACAAGAUCCGCUCCAUCAAGGUGGAGAAUGGCCCCUGGGUCGGCUAUGAGUAUCCUGAGUACCAAGGCCAGCAGUUCAUCCUGGAAAAGGGAGACUAUCCUCGCUGGGAGGCCUGGAGUGGAAACAGUGGCUACAGAACGGAGCACCUGCUGUCCUUCAGACCAAUCAGAUGUGCUAAUCACAGUGACAGCAAGGUGACUCUGUACGAGUGCGAGGACUUCCAGGGCCGGAAGUUUGAAAUGUGUGAUGACUACCCCUCCCUGCAAGCCAUGGGCUGGUGCAGCAAGGAGGUCCCAUCAAUCAAAGUCAACUCUGGGGCUUGGGUAGCCUAUCAAUACCCAGGUUACCGUGGAUACCAGUACAUCCUGGAGAGAGACAGACACAAUGGAGAAUACAGAAACUACAAUGAGUACAGCACCCAGGCUCACACCAACCAGAUUCAAUCUAUCCGCAGAAUUCAGCACUAAGUCCAACCUACACUUUUCCUUACAGUGAUUAUGUAUCUAGCAUUGCAUGAAAUGUACUAAAAUAGGCAAUAAAAGCAUUGUUCAAACUAUG